CCCAUCAACUACCCCAAAGAAACCCUAGCGUCCUCUAAAACUGCUACUAAGCAAAGCUCUGCCUUGCUUCGGUUUCCAUUGAAGCCAAUCAUGUUUGGAGUAAAAACCCCGAAGUCAGGAAGGGCCAGAAGGGCGCUCGAGAAACGCGCACCCAAACUCGUCGAGACGGGCAAGAAGACGCUGAUACUUCAUGGCACAAAGACGAGCGGCGUACUGAACGCCGUGUUGACGGAAAUCUACCACAUGAAGAGGGGCAGCUCCGUCAAGUUCAGCCGCAAGAACGAGAAUAUCAAGCCCUUUGAGAGCGGCGGUGAGACCUCUUUGGAGUUCCUUUCUCAAAGAACCGAUUGUAGCAUUUUCGUGUUUGGUUCUCACUCAAAGAAGCGGCCUAAUAAUCUUGUUAUGGGGAGAACUUACGACCACCACAUCUAUGAUCUUGUGGAGGUUGGGGUUGAAAAUUUCAGGCCGAUAGAGUCAUUCAAAUAUGACAAGAAAUUAGCUCCACAGAUUGGCUCAAAACCUUUGAUUGCUUUUAUUGGGGAAGCAUUCGAGAAUGUAGAAGAAUUGAAACAUUUGAAGGAAGUUUUGCUCGAUCUGUUGCGGGGAGAGGUUGUGGAGAACUUAAAUCUUGUGGGCGUAGACCAUGCCUAUGUAUGUACAGCUAUAUCUUCAAAUAGGGUGUUUCUUUCUCACUGUGGUCUGCGGCUAAAAAAGUCUGGCACAAAAGUACCGAGGAUGGAACUGGAAGAAGUUGGUCCCUCCAUGGAUUUUGUGGUACGCCGGCAUCGUCUUCCUAAUGACAGCCUAAGGAAAGAAGCCAUGAAAACAACCAGGGAACAGCCGAAGAAGAAGGUGAAAAAUGUUAGCAAGGAUGAAAUACAGGGCAAGAUCGGGAAGAUAUAUAUGCCAGAUCAGAAGGUUGGAGAUGUCGCUCUACCUAACUUAGCAAAAGGUGUGAAGAGAGAGCGCCGUGAAGCCAAGUUGAAAAAUGCGGAAAACAGGCAUGCAUCAAAAAAACAGAGAGAAAAUUCAACAUAACUCUCCCUCAGUGAUUUUUGGCCCAUGUUCUCUUUGAUUGAGAGGAAAUCUAAGGGUGAAAUGGACAUAAGAGACAUGAGAUAUCUUUCCUUAAUUGUUUCUUAGAUUCAUUUCCUUAUAAAAUAUAUUUUAUUUUAACUGUAGGAUGAGUUAUAUGUUUUAUUUGUAGGAUGUGAAACGCAUUUAUUUUUUCCCCCCCUUUUUUUUUGGGUUUUUAUUGUUAUGCUUAAAUAUUUGGGCUAAUGAAGCAUGUUGGAAGGCGCAUUGUACAAUUGCCAUAUGUGCAAGUUCAGCUUCUACCUUGUUCUA